CACCGUCUCGUUUCUGUCUAGUUUUCUCUCGAAUUGAACAACGCAGUUGCUCAUGAAUUGUGAUUUAUUCUGACUUACUCGAUGCAGUUGUGUUAAUUUUACCCAGAUAUCAUCGUGAUUGGAUUUCCGAAAAGAAAUCGCUUGAAGUUGUUGUGAUUUGUAUUUUAUCUCGUCGGAUCUUGUGGUGGCAAGUACGAGGUUAGAUUGCUUUUCGGUGGAGCAAACUAAAUUUGUGGUUUUGUGCACCCCUGAGAAGAACUGGAUACAUAAUCCUGAUGUAAUUUUCUCCCUGUGCCCCUCAUGUGAUACUCCUCAGCAAUGACUCAAUCACAUACUACACGAGACACUGUUAUUCAUCUAGUGGCCGGAGGGAUCGCAGGCACUGCAGGUGCCAUUGUAACAUGCCCUCUGGAAGUUGUUAAAACACGCCUGCAGUCGUCACAAAGCGGGUUCCAUAUGUACAAAAUGAAUGUUCCUCCAAUUGCUUCGACUGAAGGCGCCAAAAGCCAAGUAACCUGUAAAAGUAUUAUGUCCGAUCAGCGUCGGAAGCUCAACACUAUUAGUCCCAAACAUUCAGCUCAAUUAUUUGCCUUGACACAUUGUAGUGGAGUAAGCAGGAAUGCAAAUGUUAACAGUUCUGCUGGUUUAAUUCAAUGCAUUAAGUACAUAAUGGAAUUCGAAGGACCUGGAGCGUUGUUUAAAGGCCUCGGUCCAAAUUUAGUCGGUGUAGCACCCUCACGAGCAAUAUAUUUCUGUUCUUACUCUCAGUCAAAACAAUUUUUUAACUCCUUCCUUAGGCCUGAUACGCCAAUAGUCCACAUCUGUUCUGCAGCUUGCGCCGGAUUCACAGCAGCAACUGCUACAAAUCCAAUUUGGUUUGUGAAGACAAGACUACAGUUACAUCAUAACAAGAAUUUAACUGCCAGUGAAUGUAUUCAAAGGAUAUAUAAAACCCAGGGUAUCAGAGGAUUUUACAAAGGUAUUACUGCCUCUUAUUUCGGAAUAUCAGAAACAAUAGUACAUUUUGUGAUAUAUGAAUCAAUUAAAGCUAAACUAAACGCACGAAGGAUGGCCAGUUCCACAUCAGACAAUGAUUCCAAGUCAUCUCAAGAUUUUCUUGAAUUUAUGGUAGCUGGUGGUGUUUCAAAGACUGUAGCAUCUUGCAUUGCUUAUCCUCAUGAAGUUGCAAGAACAAGAUUGCGUGAAGAAGGAACAAAGUAUCGGAGUUUCUUCCAAACAUUAGCGACUGUAUAUCAUGAAGAAGGACAUCGAGGUCUGUACAGAGGAUUAAGCACGCAAUUAAUCCGUCAGAUACCAAACACAGCAAUCAUGAUGGCUACCUAUGAAGCAGUAGUUUACUUUUUAACUUCCUACUUUGAUGCUAAGGACUCUAAUUUCUAUCAGGAAGAUGAGACAUGAAACGCCGAACUAGAAAUGGGAAAGUGUUUGACCUCAAAUCUCACCUCACCAAGGACAAGUUGUAUGACCUGUUACCUCCUGCUGACUAGUGGCACUUGGAUGGCGAUAAUCCUUAUUUCAUCUUCAGGUUGUCAUAAAGCUUCUUUUGCCAGAUUCCUUACUAGUUAAAUCAAAACCCACCAUCAAGACUUAUCAUAGACUCCUCAUCUGGCGGUCAAAGAAGCAUGUCUCUUAAAAUCUAGAAGCACCGUAAUUUCUGUCUAUUGAAGUAAUGGCGGGUUUUCCUGUCGAUAGAAAUUGAGACCAUAAUCAAAACUUUCUUUGAUUUUUUAUAACUCCUGUCUGCCGCUGAAUAAUUUAUUAAGCACACACAUAAAAUAUUAGAUUAGCCUGAAGUGUGGAAAUAAGUAGCAUUUAUGCUGAACUUGGAACGCACAUUGACUGCCAGUUUUAUCUCAGAACCAAAUAUUUAAUUUAUGUUGAAAAUAUAUGUAAUUGAUUGACUGAAUCAGCAAUGUUCUAGCAGGAAUUUUGCGUCGAUCUCCGACCAAGAGCUCAUAUUGUCAUCAGAAAGGAAAUAUAAGGUUGUGACAUAAACCUGGUGCUUAGGAUAUCUGUAAUUAAAAUUCAGAAUGUCAGUAAUCCUCACGAAUGCUGUUAGAAGUUAAUGGAUUUGUUGUAGGCUUAAGUAUUACUAGUAGACCUUUUUCUCAAAAAGUAGCCUAAGAUCUUGAAUAAUUGACUUCCUUCUUGCAUUUGAACUGAUUUGAUGUUGAGAGUUUAAUGAUUACUCGCAAAAAGUUUUUACCUAUUAGAAAGUAUGAAACUGUUGAAAUUGUUUUUUAAAGAGCGGCCAUUAGCAUCCAUAUUAUUAUGUUCAACCGUAUAUUAGUUUUUAGGUAAUUUUUUACAGUUAUGAAGCUGUUGUUGCCUUCGUUGAAUUGCUCCAAACCAAUCGAAUAUCGAUUGACUAUGUCAUUCUUGGAAAAAGAAUAUUUUGUAAAAACAACUGAAAUAAAAAUGUUAAUUCUGUUCAAA